GUUUUUAUGGGAAGUGAUAAAGUAGCUUCAAAGAUAUAUCAUAAGUUUACAGUAAGUAACGAAAACAAAGAAUUUGAUAUUAAAUGUAACUCAAACCCUUCGUGUGCUAAGGAGUUUUCCCUUGUGGAUUCAUCGAAUAUGUCACCUUUAAUAGAUGUUAAAUUUAAGAUAAUUUAUCAGAACUUACAGUUUUUCACUCUACCAGAAAAUGUUAAUUCGUCAAGCAUUAAUAAUUCUUUAGAAGAACCAAAACCAAAAAAGGCGAAAACUCAGUUUAUUUAUAAAAGCCUGUUCGAUUCCACUAGUAAAGUUGUUGAAUUUCCCUCAGAACAUCAUCUACAAUGUUCUAACUGUAAAGAACAUUGCAUAUUUUCAAUUUCUGUCUUGCAUGCUGUAGAAUAUUAUUACAGUCCUACACAUAAUGAUUUUCUUUGUUUUUGUUGUUUUCAGUGGCUAUACGCUAAAAAUGAAAUUAAAGAAAAUCAUGUAUAUUUGAAACAAUCGACUAUACCAACUGUUCAGUUACGUUUUUGCAAAUGGAAUUGUGGUCAACAUUUCAACUUUUCAAAAAUAUUACUACAUGAAGUAUUUUGUAAAAAAAAUAUGUAUUAUUAUAAUUGUCCUAAACAAAAUUGUACAUUUCGAAAUUCAGCUUCAGCACUAAAGAUUCAUAUGAGAACCGAUCAUAAUUGUGCUGUACCGGUAUGUGCUUCUUUAUUUCAAUUAGCUGAGAAAAUGGAGUGUUUCGUUUUAAUAGAAGAUCAGAUUAUACAUUUUAAACUAACACAACAAGAUAAUGGGUACAAAUCCGAAUGUAAAAUGGUAACAAACGAUAAAAACAUACAAUCAGAAUGGAAACCAAUGGUGCUGUUUUUUUAUGACUUCACACGCACAAUACUAGCAAAGCUUCCUCUUUCAACUGAACCUACAAUGUGUAGAGCAAAAAUUGUUUUAGUGAAAAAUGAAUAACAAAAUAUUCAUCGUAUGUGCAUAUAUCACAUUUAUAUUUUAUUUAAUAUGCUCUACACUCUACGACAGGCCUUGUAGGCCUAAGGCUUUACAAUUUUACAAUUACAAUUUUACCUAAUACACAUAAUAGUAUACACAGUAUACAGGGUGAGGCAGAAAAAGGGCCUAUUAGAAAUAUCUCGAGAACUAAAGGUGAGAGAAUCAUGAAAAUUGGAAUACACGAGUUUUUAGGUAUGAACUAUUUAAUGAAAAUAUUUUGGUCUCUUUGCUAUUUCCGGUUAUACCGGAAGUUGAUUGUAACUCCGUUUUUUUUUAAUAGGACACCCUGUAUAUUUUUACAUUUUUGUAUUCUCCCCGAUGUCUUCUUUCUUAAAAUAUGAGGUUUUGUAAUAUUAUACAGGGUAGUUUAAAAAAUAAUUAAGGUUUUUUUAUAAAUUUUGUAGAAAACUUCACACCCUGUAGAAUUGUACUGAUUUGAUAUCAAAAACUCCAUUUAUUUUGAAGCGAUUUUUAAUAUUAU